AUGAAAUCCACCUAUAACACUCUGAAGGAGGAUUGGACAAUAGAUGAUAUGCUUACAAUCAUUGUUCUUGAGGAGAAUAGCACCAAAGCUUAUAAGGGUGGUGGUGUGGUUAACAUGGUCACUGUCAAGAAGCAUGAGAAUGAGGGUGCUACUAAAUGGGAAGUAAAGAAGCAACAUCAGUCUCCAAAGGACAACCAUCUUGCUGUGACUCCUACUACUAAAUUCAAGUGUUAUUUUUGCAAGAAAGAUUGUCAUAUAAAGAGGAACUGCAAGCGUUACAAGAAGUGGUUUGAGAAUAAUAAGGACAAAGCCUUUGAUGUUGCAAUCUAG